GUAUCUAAUGUCAUACAUGAUUGGUCCUCGCAGUGCCACGUGGCAAUUGGAUUUUGAAGGAGGUGGUAAAACACAGUAAAUAAUUAUUUUUUUGCAUAAAAAAAAGGGAAGCGUGAGUGAAACGUGUGGAAGCCAUGGAAGAAGCGCGCCAAAAUCUGAGAACAAUUCUUGUGGAGCUUCUCAAACAUCCCUACAAUGGCGACCUUCCUCUCAAAAUUUCCCCUUCUCUCUUUCUCUCUCUCCCCGCAUCCAGUGAAACAAUUCCCAAAUUCAUCACAUCGUUGUUUCUCUCUCAAUCUCUUCCCUCGAGAAAUUUCUCUGAUCGAUAACGAUAUCGGUUUGUACAACUUCUGGUGUUUUUACUUUGUGUGGAAUUUUGAUGAGAGUGGUGACGGAAUCAGCAGGGGAGAGGAAUCGACGAAUGUAUCUAUGGAGACAGGUGAAACCCACCUGAUGCUUCCUGAGCUUCUUCUUCUCCGUCGUUCUCCUCUAGAGUUUCUCAGAUGGAAUGGCAGAUCCUGUUAGUUAUGCCAAUCACGAGCGCGACAUCGAGCAAGCACUCGUCACAUUAAAAAAGGGAACUCAGUUAAUCAAGUACAGUCGGAAGGGGAGACCCAAAUUCCGUGCAUUCAGGCUUUCUCCGGAUGAGGCGACGCUGAUUUGGUACUCACACGGAGAAGAAAAGAAACUGAAAUUAUCUGCUGUUUCGCGAAUCCUCCCUGGACAAAGAACCGCUGUUUUUCGAAGAUAUUUGCGACCCGAGAAGGAUUACUUAUCAUUCUCUCUUAUCUAUAACAACGGAGAAAGGUCUCUUGAUCUGAUCUGCAAGGACAAAGCUGAGACAGAGGUUUGGUUUGCUGCCCUUAAGUCUAUAAUUGGACAACGUAGGAAUAGACGCUCCAGAAGUGAGAUACCUGUGAUACAUGACAGUGACUGCUUCACCAGUGGACGCGCCUCUGUUGCAUCAUCCAUAGACUUCACUAACAAUAUUCCGCGUGUUGGGGCAUCCGUAGAUUUCGGUUUUCAGAAUCCUGCAUUUAAUCUGGGAAUCUCAGAUGUGGGUUGGGAACGUGGAAAUAUGUUAAGGCCAAGUACUGAUGGUUUUCGGAUUAGUGUCUCAAGCACUCCGAGCUGUUCGAGUGGAGUGUCAGGACCAGAUGACAUAGAAUCAUUAGGUGAUGUUUAUGUUUGGGGAGAAGUUUGGAGUGAUGGGAUAUUACCUGAUGGGACAGUAAGCUCUGCAACUGUGAGAACAGAUGUGUUAACUCCAAGACCUCUGGAGUCAAAUGUUGUUCUUGAUGUUCAUCAGAUUGCUUGUGGUACGAGGCAUGUGGCCCUUGUGACAAGACAAGGCGAAGUCUUUACGUGGGGUGAAGAAGUCGGAGGAAGGCUUGGCCAUGGCAUUAUGGUUGACAUUAGUCGUCCAAAACUCAUUGAAUUUCUCGCUCUCACCAACAUAGAUUUCGUUGCUUGUGGAGAAUAUCAUACUUGUGCUGUCUCUACCUCUGGCGACUUAUUCACAUGGGGAGAUGGUAUUCACAAUGUCGGGCUUCUAGGGCAUGGUAGUGAUAUUAGCCACUGGAUCCCCAAAAGGGUUUCUGGUCCUGUGGAAGGUCUUCAAGUAUUAUCUGUCGCGUGUGGGACAUGGCACUCGGCUUUGGCAACUUCUAGUGGAAAACUCUUCACCUUUGGAGAUGGCACUUAUGGUGUUUUAGGACAUGGAGACAGGGAAAGUGUUUCUUAUCCUAAAGAAGUACAGUCGUUGAGUGGUCUUAAAACCAUAAAAGUAGCUUGUGGUGUUUGGCAUACUGCUGCUAUAGUCGAGGUUAUGGGUCAAUCCAGUGCGAGUAUUUCGUCCGGGAAGUUGUUUACUUGGGGAGAUGGUGACAAACAUAGGUUAGGACAUGGAAACAAAGAGACCUACUUGCUUCCUACUUGUGUCUCUUCACUUAUUGACUACAACUUUCACCAGAUAGGUUGUGGCCAUACAUUGACAGUUGCACUUACAACCUCAGGGCAUGUUUUUACCAUGGGUGGGACUAUACAUGGCCAGCUCGGGAAUUCCAUAGCCGAUGGUAAGUUACCUUGUUUGGUUCAAGAUCGGUUAGUUGGAGAAUUCGUUGAAGAAACUGCUUGUGGAGAUCAUCAUGUUACUGUCUUGACAUCUAGAAGUGAAGUUUUCACCUGGGGAAAAGGUGCUAAUGGAAGACUAGGUCAUGGAGACACUGAAGAUCGAAGAACACCAACUUUGGUUGAAGCCCUCAAAGACCGCCAUGUGAAGAGCAUAUCGUGUGGAUCGAACUUCACCUCGAGCAUUUGUAUCCAUAAAUGGGUUUCAGGAGCUGAUCAAUCGGUUUGCUCUGGUUGUCGUCAAGCUUUCGGGUUUACUCGAAAAAGACACAACUGUUACAACUGUGGUCUUGUCCAUUGCCAUGCUUGCAGUUCAAAGAAGGCAUUGAAAGCGGCAUUAGCUCCAACUCCCGGAAAGCCACAUCGUGUAUGUGAUGCCUGCUACACCAAACUCAAAGCAGCCGAGGCAGGAGGGUAUAACUCAAACGCUAACAAGAAAGUCACAGCUCCUCGAUGGUCACUUGAUGGGUCGGUGAGAUUGGACAGAGAAUUGAGGAGUUCAAAGAUUUUGCUGUCUCCGACCACUGAACCAGUCAAGUAUCUUGAGAUCAGGUCAUCAAGACCUGGAGUUAGGUCCGAUUCUCCUUCCAUUGUCCGAGCCUCACAAGUUCCGUCUAACUUGCCUCUGAAAGAUAUAGCGUUUCCGAGUUCACUUAGUGCCUUCCAAAGUACUUUUAAACCUGCUCCUCCUCUAUCAGGUCCACUACCCGUUCCAGUUCCACACUCUCCACCUACGAGAUCCUCUUCGCCAUAUGCAAGAAGACCAAGCCCUCCACGGACUUCUGGAUUUUCUAGAAGUGUCAUUGAUAGUCUGAAGAAGACGAACGACGUUCUAAACCAAGAAAUGGCAAAAUUGCAGAACCAGGUUAGAAGUUUGAAGCAAAGGUGUGAUAACCAAGAUGCAGAGAUCCAGAGACAAAAACGAGAAGCUAGAGAGGCUUCUGAAUUAGCUGAAGAGCAAUCUUCAAAGCACAAGGCAGCAACAGAAAUCAUCAAGUCUGCCAUAGAACAGUUGAAAGGGUUGAGGGAGAAGUUACCUCCAGAAGUUUCAGAGAGCGAAGCUUUUAAAUCCAUUAAUGGAAAGGCUGAAGCUUACGUGAAUGCGAAUGAAAGAGCUUCAUAUACAGAAUCAGAAGCAAGUCGAGAAAACACGAACACAGAAGAAGAAGAGAGGAUAGAGAAGCAAGAAGCAGGCAGGGUGAUGUCUGAAGAGGCAGAGACAGGUUCUCAAACCUCAGAUUCAAGAGCACCAACAGAGGAGGGAUCUUCUACUUCGUCAUCAUCAUCAUCAAGAACAGGAAGCAAGGAGAUUAUAGAACAGUUUGAACCCGGUGUCUACGUUACUUAUGCUCUUCACUCCAGUGGUGGCAAGAUCUUCAGACGAGUUAGAUUCAGUAAAAGGAGAUUCGAUGAGCAUCAAGCAGAAGAAUGGUGGAACAAGAACAAAGACAGGUUGCUAAAGCGGUACAGUCCACAUGCAUCAUCAUCAGCUCUACCGCCAAUGGCUUCUUCUUCUACACAGUCAAAUCCACCACCGAUUCAACAUCAAAGCAAAGAGACCGAACCAGUUUCUGCAACAUAGGCCCUUUUUUUUGUUGUGUUUUGUUUUUUUUUUUUCUGUUCUGUAAGUUGUCAAAUAUUGUCCAGUCAGUGAAGCAGAAUAAAGAAACAGAAACACCGUUAGAACAUCUCCUUUUAACAACUGACUGA